AUGGCUUCUCACGCGCAGAAUCUCGCGGCUCUGUGGGAGAUGGCCAUCGGCCAUGCGACUUCUUUCGGGAUCAAGGCCGCGGUUCUUCUUAGAAUUCCAGACAUUCUCUCCGAUUCUUUGGAGAAAUCUAUGAGCUUGGAAGAAAUCGCGGCCCGGCUCCAAGGCACAAACAUCCAACUAGCCCCUCUUCGUCGUCUCCUCGACUACUUGGUGGUGAAGAAAGUUCUUCUAAAGAUUCAAUCUCUGGAAGUUCCAGGCGAAUUCAAGUAUGGAAGCACCGAGCUCUGCGAGAUGCUCACUGAAUCGAAGUUUGCUCGGCUGCUCAUGCUGCAAGACGAGGUCGUAACUUCAGGGUGGCAUCACAUACACGAAUUCAUACUUCACGGUGGCGAGGUCCCCUUCCAGAGAGCCCAAGGGAUGUUUAUCUGGGAUUACAUGGAGAAAAAUCCAGAGUUUCUGGGGCUUUUUAGCCAGGGAAUGGUAGCCAUCUCCAAUGUUACCAUGGACUCGGUUCUACAAACUUAUCAUGGUUUUGAUGAGAUUAGAGGAGUUUUAGUGGAUGUGGGAGGAGGUUUUGGAGCUGAUAUUGGCAGGGUUGUGGAAAAGUAUCCCCACAUUGCUGGUGUGAAUUAUGAGCUUCCUCAUGUUGCCCACGCUGCUCCAGCCAUUCCAGGUGUGAGGCAUGUUCGUGGUGACAUGAUGGAAAACAUUCCACCAGCUGAUGCAAUUCUCCUCAAAACUAUACUACAUGACUUUGACGAUGACGAAGUGAUUCUUGUUCUCCAAAACUGCUACAAGGCACUUCCCCAUGGAGGAAAGCUGAUAAUUGUUGAUAUUGACAUGGAUCCAGCAGAAAGAGGACCAUUCGAAUCACUCAAAUUUGCAUUCGACUUGGUCCUCUUGGCCCUCACCAAAGGAGGCAAAGAGAGAACAAGCGUGCAGUUCACAGAGCUCCUCACUCAAGCACAGUUUAACAACAUUAAAACUAUAGGUGAUGUGAACUGUCUCUGCUCUAUAGUGGAGGCUCAUAAGCUCGAGACUUAA